UAAGAACCCUAAUUUCUGAAUUCGUUAUCUUUUGUGCUCGGCUUCCCUCCUUCGUUAAACUGGACGCUGUUCCUCUCUAUCUCAACGGUUCUCUCUCUCUAAAACGCUGAGGGGCCUUCGCAUUGGAUUGCAUUCAAUCCCAAGGGUUUGGUUAAACCUAAUCUGAGGGUUGCAGAAGAAUCUGGUGUGUAAUUGUGAGAUAAUCUUUGUAAUUUGACGGGUUAUAAGAUUGAUAAAGGAGGGGAUUGAAAGGAGCAUGGCAGAGCAGGUCUUGGAGGGGAGUCAGCCUGUUGAUCUUACCAAGCAUCCUUCUGGAAUAGUACCCACUCUUCAGAAUAUUGUCUCAACUGUGAACUUGGAUUGCAAAUUGGAUCUUAAGGCCAUAGCUUUGCAAGCCCGCAAUGCUGAAUACAAUCCUAAGCGUUUUGCUGCUGUUAUCAUGAGAAUUCGAGAGCCGAAAACCACAGCGUUGAUAUUUGCUUCUGGGAAAAUGGUCUGCACGGGAGCGAAGAGUGAACAACAAUCUAAGCUUGCAGCAAGGAAGUAUGCUCGCAUAAUUCAAAAGCUUGGCUUCGCUGCUCACUUUAAGGACUUCAAGAUUCAGAAUAUUGUUGGGUCUUGUGAUGUCAAGUUUCCUAUCAGACUUGAGGGGCUUGCAUUUUCUCACGGUGCUUUCUCAAGUUAUGAACCAGAAUUAUUCCCAGGUCUUAUUUACCGGAUGAAGCAGCCAAAAAUAGUCCUCCUCAUAUUUGUGUCUGGCAAGAUUGUUCUUACAGGAGCCAAGGUGAGAGAAGAGACAUAUACAGCUUUUGAAAAUAUAUAUCCAGUGCUAACAGAGUUCAGGAAGAUCCAACAAUGAGUGGUAAUACAGGUUGCUGCAUCGAUUCGUGCUUUUCUAUGAGACGAAGGUUUUAGGAGUGCCAUGGGAGAUGUAUGUCGUUGCAGUUCUCUUUACUCGCCGGGUUGGAGACUACUCAUUGUGAAAAGGGAAGUGUUAGAAAAUGUAAAUAGCAUCUUCCCUUAAAAUAGAAACUGCAACUUUGGGGUGUUUAAAUCUAAUUAUAUUUGUAUGACCUCAGGGCUGUAUCCCUGUUGGUUCUCCUUCACCUACGGUUUUGUAGUUGGUUUGAGAGUCAAAAAUUUUGAAAAGCAAGACUAUGGUGCAGCUCUUUUGAGUGCUUCUAAUAAAAUGUCUUCCCUGAGAUUCGAUGUAGAA